AUGGUGAACGAUAUUGAAAAGACAUCCGGCGGGCAGAUCUCGACCGAGAAUGUCGAGCACAUUGAGAGUUCCGCCGAUGUAAAGCGCAUGGUGGAUAUCGACGAUGACGAGGAAUUCACGUACGGAGAGCAGAGGAAGAUCAUCCAUCGAGUAGACCGCCGGCUGGUCACCAUCACCGGCGCUGCCUACUGCAUCAGCUUAAUGGAUCGCACGAACUCAACUAUGGUUCUGGUGUUCUUCGUCACCUAUAUCGUCUGUCAGCCCAUUGCCACCGCUAUGAUCCGCAAGAUUGGGCCCCGGAUAUUCAUCUCGGUCAUUGUAAUGAGCUGGGGAGCCUGCUUGAUCGGAUUUGCGUAUUCCCCCAACUGGCAGACCCUGACUGGCUUGCGCGCGGUCUUGGGGAUCCUGGAGGCGGGCUUCUUCCCUGGGGCAGUGUAUCUGCUGUCUUGCUGGUACUCGCGAUGUUCGUCUACUGACCCUGACUAUUAUGAGGUCCAGAAGCGGUACUCAUUCUUCUAUCUGAUCGGCUGUUUUGCAUCCGCGCUAUCAGGUAUCCUCGCAUAUGGUUUCAGCCAGAUGGCACCUCUCGAAAGCCUCAGUGGGUGGCAGUGGAUUUUCAUCAUGCAGGGAGUGUUGACGUUCAUUGUCGGGAUCCUCUGCAUGAUCUUCGUGGUCGACUUCCCCGAUAAGGGUUACAACACUUGGGGCUUCCUUACGCAGCGAGAAUGCGCAUUCAUCCUCCGUCGACUCGAUCGAGAUCGAUCAGACGCCAACCCCGAGCCGUUCAACCUCGUCAAAUUUCUUCGCCCCGCAUUGGACCUCAAGAUCUGGGGAUUUGCGUUUAUCUUCUUCUCCAUCACAACGGUCACGUACGGAAUCGCAUACUUCCUUCCUAUUAUCCUCCGCGACAAUAUGGGCUUCAACGUGGCCGAAGCGCAGUGUCUAACCGCGCCGCCGUACGCACUCGCCGGUAUCCUUAUGGUGAGCACAUCGUGGGUCGCAGACAGAUACCGCAUGCGAGCCCCGAUCCUUGUCUUCAACAGCGUUCUCGCCCUGAUCGGGCUGCCGAUCAUGGGCUUUGCCAAAAGCGCGGCCGUCCGCUAUUUCGGUGUGUUCUUGACCACCGCGGGAGCAAAUGCCAAUAUCCCGGCCAGCAUGGCGUACCAGGCAAACAACAUCCGCGGGCAGUGGACACGGGCUUUUGCCAGCGCCACGCUCGUUGCGUUUGGAGGAAUUGGAGGGAUUGCAGGGAGCUUGGUGUUCCGGUCACAGGAUGCUCCUGAAUAUAUUCCAGGUAUCUGGGCUGUUAUUGCAUGCCAGCUGUGCCUGCUUAUCGUCGUGGGGGCUUUGAGUCUUUACUUCUGGAUCUGUAAUCGGAAAGCAGACCGGGGAGAGAAGAUCAUUGAGGGAUCGCCGGACUUCCGGUAUACUCUUUAG